AUGCGUCUUAUUCCUCUUUCUGUAAAGGCUCGGAAGGACCGACUCACUAGGGAUUCUGGGUGGGCGAACCCACCGCAAGAUGGCUGGUUUUAUGGCGAUCAAGACUUGAUUGCAAGCGGCGUGGCAGACAGUCUAUCCUGGAUUGGAAACAACGCAGACGAGGACGACGUGUAUAUCUACCGGCGUCUAAAAAAGGUUCGAGACAAUACCAUAGAACGGACUGAACGCAUGGAUUAUGAGGCCGGCUGGAACGAAGCCAUUCACUGGGCACUACUCGAGCUAGCCCUUGACACUGAUGCUUGCGCUGGUGUUUGCUGUCGGAACGUCGUCUACAAGGAGCUGCGUGAUCCUGACCCUCUACUUGCCGACACCAAGUCUGACUACGCACUCUGCCUCGACCCGCCGGAAAACUCACGUCUCGUCGAAUUGCUGCGACAUUACCGGCGGCUCAAUCCCCAGAAGAACCGGGCGGCCCACAUACAAUUCAGCGACGAAGCUAGUACUCCUCUUGCGGUUGGCAUCGAAACUAAAAGCUGUGAUGGCGAGGGCGCCGGGUUUUCAGGGCUUCAGUCCAAGACCUUCAACAGUUGUGUGUAA